GUGUCAACUGGUAUAACUCUUGAACCGUCUGCGCAAACACAUUGUGAAUCAUAUCUCAUCCUCUUGACGAUGGCCACCGACCCAUAUCACGCUGUACAACAAGAGAUACAAUCCUCGUUGCAGACCGCAGGCCAACUCCGCGCAUCCUAUGUGCGAAUAAAGAAUAUGGCUAGAGAUGAUAGUGAGGAGCUAGGUUGGGCGAGAAGUGAGCUCAAAGCGACGCUUGCCGCGCUUGAGGCAGAUCUUGAAGACCUGGAGGAUAGUGUCAAAAUAGUGGAAUCUACUGGUCCUCGAAUGUUUGGUCUGGAAGAAUCAGAGGUUCAGGAACGUAGACGGUAUGUUGCCUAUGUGCGGAAGGAAGUUGAGAACAUGAGAGCUGAAUUGAAUACAGAACACUCUACAAGCUCCCGUAACCUUCCAUCUUACAGCUCAUCUAGUCAAUCACAUAGUGGUCAAAACACUCCUCGAAUAGAAUUUGGGCGAGACCAGGACGAUGAUCACCAAGAAGCAUGGGCAAGGGAGGAGCAACAGUUCAUGAUACAAGAGCAAGACCGCACAAUAGAAUCUAUAGCGGGCACGCUUAGCACUCUUGCCCAACAGGCAGGACUCAUAGGACAAGAGAUUGGAGAGCAUAAUGAGAUGCUCGACGAUUUGGAAACCGGCGUGGAUCGAACAGACAGCAAACUCAACGAUGCGAUGCGGAAGCUGCGCAAGUUCGCUCGGGAUUCUGAGGAGCGUGGCAGUGGGUGGUGCGUAGUGAUACUGGUUGUUGUGUUGAUGAUAUUACUUCUAGUUGCUAUCUUGAUUUGAGUGUGUUGGUUGGAUGUUUAACUUACACUGCGGGGAUG